AUCUAACUGGCUUAAGCCCUGCUGCGGGAGGCGAGCGGCCGUCUGGCAGGUAUUUUUACUCAGUGCGAGUCUCAACAGUUUCCUGCUAGCCUGUGUAGUAUUGGUGGUGAUUCUUCUGACUCUGGAGCUCCUAAUAGAUAUAAAGCUUCUCCAGUUUUCAAGCGCAUCGCAAUUUGCUGGCGUCAUUCACUGGAUCAGUCUGGUUAUCCUAUCUAUCUUCUUUUCAGAGACUAUUUUGAGAAUAGUCGUACUCGGUAUAUGGGACUAUAUUGAAAACAAAAUAGAGGUAUUUGAUGGUGCUGUAAUCAUCUUAUCUUUGGCUCCCAUGGUGGCAUCUACAGUGGCUAAUGGACCAAGCAGUCCAUGGGAUGCUAUAAGUCUCAUUAUUACCCUGAGAAUUUGGAGAGUCAAACGAAUUAUCGAUGCCUACGUCCUGCCCGUUAAAGUGGAAAUGGAGAUGGUGAUCCAACAGUACGAAAAAGCAAAGGUUAUUCAGGACGAGCAGCUGGAAAGACUGACCCACAUCUGCCAAGAACAGGGGUUUGAAAUUAGACAGCUGCGGGCACAUCUGGCGCAGCAGGAUCUGGACCUGGCAGCUGAGAGAGAGGCAGCUUUGCAGGUGCCUCACAUGUUGAAGAAACAGACGGGAAACCGGUACAAAGUGGUGGCUGCUGGGGGCGAUUCUGAUGACGAAACUACUGCGAACAUUACAGAGUUGCGUCCGGCUCGGGACAGCGGUGUGCCCGAAGGAGCCUUCUGCGUCAUCACCACCACAGCCAUUGAUGUCCACCAACCUAACGUCUCCUCCGACCUCUUCAUGGUGGAAAUGCCGAUGAAGAUCAUGGAGAGCAACGGGAUUUCCACCAGCGCCGCGUCCGGCAGCGCCUCCAGGUCCACGGACAGCUCCUUCACCCGCGCGCAGAGCGACAGCAGCCAGACCUUCGGCUCUUCCACGGACUGCAGCACGACGCGGGAGGAAUCCUCUGACUCUUCUUCGCCCCAUCGCAGGGUCCACAAUGCCGUUGUCCAAGAACUGUUGUCCUCCUUAUCAGAAGACUCCUGCUUAACCCAAAAGGGACUGGACCCGGUUAACCUUAAACUGCCGAGCCCAGCGGGGUCGGCCACAGCCAGCCCCGAACUGGAGCACCGGGUCAAUAUUUACAACAAAAAGAACCAAGAAAACUUUGGGGUCUUUCAGAAAAAGCCGGUCAUCCACUUCCGGCAGAAAACACAGAUGAUUGACAAGUACACGUCUUUGGAAUCCAAAGAGCAAAGGUUCAACAGCAUCCCGGACUCCUAGUCCUU